CAGCCUUGUGAGCCUUCACUGCCAGCUCAGUCCUGCUGCUCCCCCUCCGUAGCCUGCACUCCUCCUGUCCAACAUGGCUACCCCUACAACUGGCGAGUUCGGCCAUCCGCUGAGGAAGUUCAAGCUCGUCUUCCUCGGCGAACAAUCAGUAGGAAAGACGUCGCUCAUCACCCGCUUUAUGUAUGAUACAUUCGACUCUACAUACCAAGCGACAAUCGGCAUCGACUUCCUGAGCAAGACGAUGUACCUCGAGGAUAGGACAGUGCGACUGCAGCUUUGGGAUACCGCCGGCCAGGAACGCUUCCGCUCCCUCAUCCCCUCAUACAUUCGUGAUUCAAGCGUCGCAGUUGUCGUCUACGACAUCACAAACCGUGCCUCUUUCCAGAACACAUCAAAAUGGGUCGACGACGUCAGAGCAGAGCGUGGCUCAGACGUCAUCAUUGUGCUGGUGGGCAACAAGACGGACUUGGGUGACAAGAGACAAGUCACGACCGAGGAAGCAGAGGCAAAGGCGGCCGAAUUCAACGUCAUGUUCAUCGAGACGUCUGCCAAGGCUGGCCACAACGUCAAGGUGCUGUUCAAGAAGAUCGCUCAGGCGUUGCCGGGCAUGGACAAGUCGGGCGAGGGAGAGCAGGCAAACAAGAUGAUUGACGUGACGGCACCGACAAGUGCGAAUGCCGAGGAGGGCAGUUCAGGGUGCAAGUGCUAAGGACGAGGCAGACUUUCUCUGUAUGCAGGGAGAGUCGUCAAAUCAAGGGAGAG